UCUCUCUCUUGGUGUUCUUUCCUUUUUGUAAAUAAUAAUGUUGAUACAUUAUUUUUCUUUUAACCAGAGAUUUUUCGAUCGAAUUGAAGGAUCAUUAAUUAUUAUUAUUAUAUAAGCUUUGAGCCUCCCAUAUUAAUCACCGUCUUCAUCCACAAACAAUUCGUCGUUUUCACUCGCGCAGAAUAAAAAAAAAAAAAAAGUUUCAGCUUCGAUUCCACGCCGGAACUCGGCUGUAAUACGACUCGUCGUUUAGCCGUUUGAUGAUUUCAUCUAUGUAUAUGUGAUAAAACUAGAGCUUUGACAGGGCCACUGGGAGUAAAAAUAUGGAACCCAAUGGGAGUUUAGAGGACAGUUUACAGACCGAAAUCGAAUCGAUUCUGCGAGAGCAUCGAAAUCAGAGUGUUAUGGAUCGAGAGAGGGAUCUAAAUAUUUAUAGGAGUGGCAGUGCCCCUCCUACAGUUGAGGGAUCGUUAAGUGCUGUUGGUAGUCUUUUCGGAAACUCGGACGUUAAAGAGAUUAAUACUAAUAGUAGGGGUUUUAACAAUGGGGGUUUAUCGGAAGAUGAGAUUAGAUCACACCCUGCUUAUCUCUCUUACUAUUAUUCACAUGAUAACAUGAACCCGCGAUUACCCCCGCCAUUGUUGUCAAAAGAGGAUUGGCGCAUUGCGCAGAGAUUUCAGGCUGGUGGGUCUUCGUUUGGGGAAAUUGGGGACUGGAGGAAGAAGGGGAUUGAGGACGGCGAAAGUUCGUCGCUUUUCUCAAUGCAGCCAGGGCUUUCUGUGCAGCAGGCGGAGGAUGAUUUGAUGGAACUGAGGAAUGCUAGUGGAAGUAAUCACUCCUGGCAGACUUCUUCUGGGUGGACAGAUCGAGGCUUGAACAGUUCGAUUGGCUUGUCAAGCAAUGGGCUUGGUGCAAGGAGGAAGAGUUUUGCGGAUAUACUACAGGAAGGACUUGAUCGACCUGCUUCCAUGUCCAGCUUCUUGUCACGCCCAUCAAGUUGUAGUGAUUUUGGUGAUGGAGUGGAACUCUUGGAGGGCUUGCCUAAUGGAAGAGGUCCCAGUGGUCUUGCUGGAGUUCAGAGCCAUGGCACUGCAUCUCCUUAUGCUUUUUCAUCUGCAACGGGCUCCUCACUGUCUAGGAGCACAACCCCUGAACUAAAGCUAGUUGGCAGAUCACCUAAUUCUGGCCUUCCUCCUGUGGGAAGCCGAGUUUUCCCAAUCGAGCAAAAUAAUGGUCGUGGCUUGAGUGUCCAAAAUGGUCAUUCUUCUGGAAUGAAUGAGCUCACUGAGAUUGCAGCUAAUCUAUCUGGUUUAAGUCUGUCAGAAGUUAGAAAUAGAGAUGUGAAUAGUCAUGUGCAGUCUCAGCUUCAUCUGAACUUUGACAAUAAGUCUGAUUUUCUGUUCAAAAAUGGCCAUCAACAAAAUCUGCAGCAGGAACUCAUGAACGCCAAUGCUGAAAAUCUCUCUCGUCCAGGCAUUUAUGUUGAUUUAGCUAGGAAAAAUGGGAUUGUGACAAACCUUAAUGCUUCUAAGACGAAUUGCACUAUGCAAGUCAACCUUCCUACAAGGACUUCUUCCUCUGCCAAUCUGUAUGGUUCUUCAGGAUUUGGAAGUUUGGAAGGACCAAAUGCAUAUAAUCAAAAUGCAACCACUUUCGGAUUUGAGUUCAUGCCUGGUGCUUUUCCUACCAACCAGAAGCGAAAUUCAGCUAUUGACAAUCAUUUUGACGCAGGUUUGGCUUCUACUCAAAAUGGACAAAAUAUCAAUAGCUUAUCUGAUCUGCAUUCCCCGAUUAUCGAUCCGCGUUAUCUUCAGUUCUUGCAAAGAAGUCCUGAAUAUGCUGCACGUACUGCAACUACUCUGAAUGACCCUUCUCUGGUUAAAAAUCAAUUUGCCACUUCACAUGGAGACUUGGAGGGGAUUCAGAAAGCAUACCUUGAGGUUUUACUGGCUCAACAAAGAGAACGCUUAGAGCUGUCCCUUCUAGGUAAAUCUGGUGGUUUUAGUCAUGAUAAUUACGCUAUUGGUCCUAUUGGAUCGCAUGGGCUUGGAACACCAUAUGUGGGAAAUACUAUGGGCAAUUUGGUUCUUCCUACUGUUAGAUCUGGUAGUCCAAUGUUCCAAAAUGAGAGAAUUUCUCAUAAUAAUUUGAUGAUGAGAAAUUCAAUGGGGCGAUCUGUUGGCUCUUGGAACUCGGAUAUUGGCAAUAAUUUAGAGGGGAGGAUCGUCUCGUCCUUAUUGGAUGAGUUCAAGAACAAUAAGACUAAGUCUUUUGACCUUUCUGACAUUGUUGAUCAUGUAGUUGAAUUCAGUACGGAUCAGUAUGGCAGUCGUUUUAUCCAGCAGAAAUUAGAAACUUCCACAACAGAAGAAAAGACCAAGAUAUUCCCUGAGAUGAUUCCACAUGCACGUAACUUGAUGACAGAUGUCUUUGGAAAUUAUGUCAUACAGAAAUUUUUCGAGCAUGGUACUGAAAGUCAAAGAAAGGAAUUAGCCAACCAACUUUCUGGCCAUGUUUUGCCUCUGAGCCUUCAAAUGUAUGGUUGCAGAGUGAUUCAGAAGGCCUUGGAGGUGGUUGACAUGGAUCAGCAGACGCAAAUGGUCGCAGAGCUUGAUGGUUCAGUUAUGAAAUGUGUACGUGAUCAGAAUGGCAAUCAUGUUAUUCAAAAAUGUAUAGAGUGUGUCCCUCAAGAUCGUAUACAGUUUAUUAUCUCAUCCUUUUAUGGUCAAGUUUUUACUCUUUCCACCCAUCCUUAUGGCUGCCGUGUUAUUCAGAGGGUCCUGGAACAUUGUGAUAACCCGAAUACACAGCAAAUUAUCAUGGAUGAAAUCAUGCAAUCUGUUUGCACUCUUGCACAAGACCAAUAUGGGAAUUAUGUAAUUCAGCAUGUACUUGAACAUGGAAAGCCGCAUGAGAGGUCUGCAAUUAUAUGCAAACUUGCAGGACAAAUUGUACGGAUGAGUCAGCAAAAGUUUGCGUCUAAUGUCGUGGAAAAGUGCUUAACUUUUGGCAGCCCUGAGGAGCGCCAACUUUUGGUGAACGAGAUGCUGGGUUCGACUGAGGAAAAUGAGCCUUUACAGGCCAUGAUGAAGGAUCCAUUUGGAAACUACGUUGUUCAAAAAGUUCUUGAGACCUGCAAUGAUGAGAGUCUGGAGUUGCUUCUUUCUCGCAUUAAGGUUCAUCUGAAUACCCUGAAGAGGUACACCUAUGGAAAGCACAUAGUUUCUCGUGUCGAGAAACUCAUCGCAACUGGAGAAAGGCGCAUAAGUUUGGCAUCCGCUACUUCGUCCUGAACCAUCUCAACUUUGACCAAGCAAGGCAUUUUAAAUCUUGCCACCACCAGUUAAGCAUCCACCGUUUUGUACAGCUAACAUCAUGGAUGGCAACUUUUAUCAAGUUUUUGGAGUAUCAUUUACAGAUAUUGGUGGUUGUAAAUAAACACUUAUCUAUAGGUCUGCCUGAAAUAACGUCUCUAUCUCUUCUGUUUACUGUAUAUAAGGCUCAGUUAUAAUCCGACACCGAAGAUUUCACAGAAAAGGGUCAUUUUUAGGCCGUCAGAAGAACAGGCGAGCAAGUAUUGUCUGCCCUUCUUAGAGUACAUGUUCAAGGUUCAUAGUCUGAAGAGCUAAAAAGUGUAAAUGGUUAACUUUAUAUUGCUAAGAGGGUAGAGUUGGUCGUCGGGAGGGAUUUUUGACUUUGGAGUAUAUAUAUACAUAUAUAUACAAGUGUAAAUACUAAAAAUUGUAUGAUGCAGAUUUAUGU